CUCAGGAACAUGGCAAAUUAGAACAAAGUUCAUCCGGCGAUCGGUACGACGUAAAAGUGUUGGGCCAUCUAGGAGACUGUAGAAAUCACCCGUGGUGUGGACUGGACACUGAAGGCGGAGGAGGCACCAAGUAUGCCACCAACACACGCACACACAUAUGUAUCUAUAUAUAUGUAGAACAAAUCCAACUGAACGUUUGCUGCCUCCCAAGACCAAGCUAACUGAACCCGCCUAAACGAACGAGCGAGCUUGCAGUGUUCCAAAAAAAAAAGAGCUGCUGAGCAGGAGACACACUCAAAACAUAUACGCCAUGAAGUUCCUCGUCACCACCAUCCUCACGCUUGCAAGCCUUGCGCUUGCUCAGACGCCCGCCGACCUCGACUGCCCCACGGCCACGAAAACAACGCAGCCUCGACGGUGUAGCAAGACGUGCGACUACUCGGACUGCAGCUUCCUGACAACCAUCAAGAAUCCGUGCGGCUGCCCAGCCAGCAUACCGACCGCCACGCUGAUCGCCCCUUGCGCGGCAGACUGCCCCUACGGAGGCUGCGACAUCGAGUUCCGGACCAGCGCGCUUGCCUGCCCUACGACGUCGUCCACCAGCCGGCGCCGGCCGCGCCCGACAACCUCGAGCACCACGACCAGCUCGAUCCCGGUGGUUGUGACGGGCAUCACGACGCUGCCGCCGCCGAUCCGCUCGACGCCGUGUCCCGUCAUCACGCGCACGACCAGCCCGGCCGACUGCCCGGCAAUUCGCUGCCCGGUGCCAACGUGCGUCGCUCAGUCGACCCUCGCCAUUCCGUGCAACUGCACGCCCAAGACGUUGCUUUACGUGCAAGGUUGCGCCUCGACAUGUCCUGGAGGCUGCUUAACCCGGACUCAGACCAUAAGCCAGGUGAACUGCUAGGAUCGGAGGACGGAGAGGAAAACGCGAGAGAGGACGAAGAGUAAAACGCGAGAGAGGCGGAUAUAUUAGUGAAUCCCUUUUUGUUUUUUAUUUGUUUGGGAAAAUUCGGGUUAUCGGGAAAGUUCCAUGGAUGUCUUCGGCUCCCUGUGGAAGUGGGCAAAAAGGGCAACAUGCCAUUUCAAUCUCAAUCGAGCUCAAGAUGGUGCUGAUACUUAUCAAUGCGCCAUAAAUAUUAUCAAGGAGACCACUUAGCCUCCCUUGGACGUCUUCUAUCUCUAGGUGGACUUUCGAAAACCUAUAUGUCAACUGUGAAGAGCGUUUGCCUUAAAUCACAG